CGGCGACCCCCUCUCCCUUCUCUCUCACUCUCACAUUCUCAGAAUCUCAGUUUCUCACCAAAAUUCCUAAUUUCCUAACCCUAUCAGAGUAAACACCGCUGCCACCGUCAGCCCCCAGCCUCCUGCUCGUCGUGAAGCCCCACCAGCCACCGUCUGCCCCCCAGCCGCCGCCACUCUUCGCUUCCUCACCGUCUCUGUGCUCAACGCGAAUCCCCACCUGCCACCGUCACCCCCCAGCCGCCGCCACUCUUCUCCUCCUCACCGUCUCUGUGCUCGUCGUGAAGCCCGCCUCCGUCAUCGUCGUCGUCGGCAGUGACAGAGGGUACCGUCGUCGUCGUCCUCGAUCCUCUUCUCCUCCACGUCACGCGAACGGUUGCUCGAUCCUUUUCAUGCGCAUCCUCUCCUCCGUUAAUCUCUGCCCGGAGCCUCGCCGUGGAAUCUCUGCUCGGGGCCUCGCCAUCGCAAGCUGAUCCGCUUCCGAGCUCACUCUGUCACCGCCGUUCCUCCCUCGCUGUAUCUCCGGAAGGACAUAACCGUAAUUUAAGUUUGCUCCAAAAAACUUCACGAUUCUUUUUGGUUCAGCUUCAAGUGCAAAACCCUAACCAUGGAGUUUUUGAACGAAUUGGGAAUUUCAGCUUGAUUUCAACGCCGGACAAAAUCACACUACACCAAUGACUGCGUCGAAGAAGGAUUACAAAGAGAAACCUAUACGUCGCAAGUAUUAGAAUAUAAGCUUGACGCCGAUCAGAACGCGGGCAGAUUUGACGAUGAGAAAUUGAGAAUUUAGAGCUCCUUCCACUUCGAUUCGGUUACCUAAUUUAACUAAUUUCUCCGUACACAACUCUGUUAACAUUUUACGGCGUUUACCGCCAUGGAAGCCACCGACGCCGCAGAAUCCCCCGCACCGAUUGCCUCCCCAAAGUUAGCGGGAACUGUUAACUGGGGUACAACAACUGUUAUUGGAAUAUUUGCUGGCAUGUUAUACGGUGGUAGCAAGGAGGCAGCUGCUUCUGUUAGCAAGGAUGCAGAAGUGACAUUGAAGCUUGGAAGUACAGAAGACAAACGUGAGCAAUAUCGUUUGAUGAGAGAUGCUAUGGAGAAACGGUUCAUUAGGGUUACACGGGGCUCAAUAGUUGGAGGAGUACGCCUUGGAAUGUUCACUGCUGCAUUUUAUGGCUUACAAAAUCUACUUGCAGAGCAGCGAGGUGUGCAUGAUGUUUUUAAUGUUGUUGGUGCCGGUUCAGCUACUGCUUCAGCUUUUGGUUUAAUAUUGCCAGGAUCACUACGUUGGCGAGCUAGGAACAUGAUGCUAGGAUCAGUUUUGGGAGCAGCAUUUUGCUUUCCUCUUGGUUGGCUCCAUUUGAAGCUGAUAGAAAAAGCUAAUGAAGGGAAUCAAGCUGCAAAUGAAAACUUAGAUAAGAGAGACAUAAAAAGUGGUGUUAGUGCUGCAAUCGAAAGGCUUGAAAGCAAUUUACACAAAUGAAAGCUAUUUGGCUACACAGAGGCAUGCCUUUUUGUUUCUAUUUUUCAGGGUGGUCAAGUAAUCAUGCAAUGGAGAAUGUGACUCCACUGGGAAUGGCAUUGAUGUCCACUUAAUAGGAGAAAAAGUUGUAUUAAUUAAAUAAUUUCGUUGACCAAGUUGAGUCACACAGUUCUUCCAUAUGAAAUUAUGAUGCUAUUAUUAGUUUGUUAUUAUGUUUUUAGUCUUGUUAUUAUGACUUAUGAGGCUAUUGUGGUAUGAAUACGUUUGUUGCGGUGCCAAUAGUAUCUUGGGUUAGCCUCUAAGCUUCUAGUUUCUACCGUGUCUUGAGGCAAAAUCAUACGGGUGAAAU